GCGAGCGGCUUUCCUUCCCCCCCCGCUCACAUCCAGACCUCCCGGGCUCUCAUGGUGAUUUCUCUCCUCCUGGGCUUCUUCGGCGUCAUCGUGAGCGUGGUGGGCAUGAAGUGCACCAAGGUGGGCGAAGAGGAUCCCGUCACCAAGAGCCGCAUCGCUGUCGCCGGCGGCGUCCUCUUCGUCCUCUGCGGUAAG